ACCACGAAUGCUCCAGUCGUGGAGAAGGGAAUCUCGUGUUCAGAGAGGGCAAAUUUAAAACGCGCAGGAACUGUACUCCUCUGAAGUUGAAGUCACACCAGCUAUGGAAGAUACCUCCUUGCACAUGGACACAGAGGACCAGCAAGAGCACGUCCCACCUGAAACUGAGAGAGACUCAGGGAGUGCUGGAACAGAAGCAGAAAUCUCCAGCCAAAGCACUCAAGAGGAAGAGGAGCUGGAGGGGGAGGACUCUGACACAGAAAGAGAGGUAGACUGCGUGGAAGCUGAGCGGCAUCAUGCUGAGAACAACCCAGAGACAGUCAAAAUUCAUGUGAAGAACGAGCAAGAAGAGGAUGAGGAGGACUACCUCAAGACUGAAGAAGGGGAGGUUCAAGAAGAGGGGGAGGGAGAAGCCCACAAUGGGGGCGAGUCACUCUCUCCCAUUGACUAUGUUAAGUACGAGAUUUCAUCCUCUGAUGGCCUGGCCAGCUCCUUUCUGGGGCCCCGUGGCAGCAGUGGGAAGAUGAGCUGUGACAUCUGUGGCCUGGCCUGUGUCAGCCUCAACGUGCUGCUGGUGCACAAACGCAGUCAUACAGGGGAGCGACCAUUUCACUGCACUCAGUGUGGAGCCUCCUUCACACAGAAGGGCAAUCUGCUGCGCCACAUCAAGCUGCACUCUGGGGAGAAGCCCUUCAAGUGUCACCUGUGCAGUUAUGCCUGCCGCCGACGUGAUGCCCUAAGUGGCCACCUGCGUACACAUUCAGUGGAGAAACCCUACAAGUGCAACUACUGUGGCCGCAGCUACAAGCAGCGCAGCUCUCUAGAGGAACACAAAGAGAGGUGCCACAUCUACAUGCAGAACAAAAGCAACAUCGAAAGAGAGUGUGAGGAGGCCAGGGGGUCCAGGGUACAGAUGGGGACAGAACGUGCUCUGGUGCUGGACAGGCUGGCCAGCAAUGUGGCAAAACGUAAGAGCUCUAUGCCACAGAAAUUUGUUGGGGAGAAACGCCUGUGCUUGGACAUGAGCUACAACAGCAACCUGAUGUUCAGCAAGGAGGGUGAGUUGGUCCAGCGAGGUGUGCUGGACCCAGCACUAGGCUACCUGGGUACUGACAGCAUGUACCACCUGAUCCAGAGAGCUCAGACAACAGCGGCUCCUGAGAUGGCCGCAAUUGUCAGUAGUGCCUUCCCCAUCCCACUGACCCGUACUGAGUUGUCCAAUGGUCACGAGCCAGAGCAGCCACAUCCCUGUAUCAAACGACAGUCUUCCACCACACAGCGUCCCUCCCCCAACCAUAGUGGCCACGACUCCCCUGACAUUGACAACAACCACCACCCCCAUGAGGAGCCACAGGGCCACAAUCAUCCACUGUACACCCUGGGCCAUUUGCUGGUACCCCGUCCUCGCAACGGGCUGCCACACCCCGAUACCCCCUUUCAUCCCCCACGACUGUACGAAGCCCUGAAACCCCAAUUAGCAGUUCCUCCCCAAGAGGCUCUGCGGGUGGUGAAUGGGGAGAACGAGUUGGUGGGGACGUACCUCUGCGAGCACUGUCGUGUGCUCUUUCUGGACUAUGUCAUGUUCACCAUCCAUAUGGGCUGUCAUGGAUUCCGAGACCCCUUCCAGUGCAAUGUAUGUGGUCAUCACAGCCAGGACCGCUACGAAUUCUCCUCUCACAUUGCACGUGGUCAGCACCGACUUAUGUUGAAGUGACACACACAGACACAAAUAUAUAUAUACACAUGAAAUUGGUAUGUGCAUUUCUCAGAGGUCUGUGUGUAUUUUGUGUCACUGCUGACAAUAGCCUACUGUAUAACUGUAUAGCAUUAGCAGACGCUAGGUUGCUAUGUAAUAUUUGCUUUCAUAUAAUACUUAAUUUGAAAGAGGGUAGUAUAAUUCUA